GGAGAAGCAAACUCGAGUUUCAGAGCUCAAGUCCGCAUACUGUUCUCAUCAAUUUUCAAACAAAAAUAAAUAAAUAAAUAAUUCGUCAGAGCUAAAGCUAAAUCCCGCCAAGAGAAAAAGGCCAAUGUAUCCAUCGGAUUCGAGCCUUCCGCCUCCGUUUGCAGCAUGGAUCCCCACCACCACCACCGCCGCUCGCCGGAAUACAACUCCCUCCUCCUCGCCGGCGCGCGCCUGGGCCCUCUGAAGCAAGCCCACGCGCGCCUCGUCGUCUCCGGCCACGCCCAUUCCUUACCUCUCACCACCAAGCUAGCCACGCUCGCGGUUGCGGCGGGCGCCGCCUCCUACGCCGGCCUCCUCGCCGCCUCCCACCCAUCACCGGACUCCUUCCUCUUCUGCUCGCUCACGCGCGCCGCCGCGCGCCGGGGCCUCCCCGCCGCCGCCCUCGCCUUCUACCGCCGCCUUCUCGCCGCCGCCCUCCCUUUCUCCAGCUUCGCCUUCACCUCCGUCGCCAAGGCCUGCGCGGACCUGUCCGCGCUCCGCGCCGGGAUGGGCGUCCACGCCCACGCCGUCCUCCUCGGCUUCGGCUCCGACCGGUUCGUGCAGACGGCGCUCGUCGUGCUGUACUCCAAGUGCGGCAAGCUGGAUGUCGCGCGCAAGCUGUUCGACGCGAUUCGUGACAGGAGCGUCGUCGCUUGGAACGCGAUGAUUUCAGGGUACGAGCAGAAUGGGCUCGCUGGUCGGGCGAUUGAGGUGUAUAGAGAGAUGCGGGUGGCUGGGGAGGCUCCCGAUUCCGCGACGUUUGUGGCCACGCUCUCUGCCUGUGCGCAGGCUGGUGCUCUGGACUUGGGACAUGAAGUGGAGAGGCUCAUUGUCUCUGAAAGGAUGGAGAUGAAUGUGGUUCUUGGUGCUGCGCUUGUGAACAUGUACGCCAGGUGUGGGCUUGUGAACAAGGCUCGUGAGUGGUUCGACAUGCUCCAGGAACGCAAUGUGGUUACGUGGACCUCCAUGAUCGCAGGAUAUGGCAUGCACGGACAUGGCGGUGAGGCAGUCAAGCUAUUCGAUUUGAUGAGACAGCAAGGGCCACCACCCAAUGAUGUCACUUUUGUUGCGGUUCUAUCUGCGUGCGCGCAUGCUGGAUUGGUCAGUGAUGGUCGGGAUGCUUUUGCUUCGAUGAAGAGUGUCUAUGGAUUGGUCCCUCGUGCUGAGCACUAUUGCUCUAUGGUUGAUAUGUAUGGAAGGGCGGGACUUCUUGAUGACGCGAUGCAGUUUAUACACGACUCUAUACCCGGAGAGCCUGGGCCUGAAGUUUGGACAGCUAUGCUUGGUGCAUGCAAGAUGCACAAGAAUUUCAGUCUUGGAGUGGAGGUUGCUGAGCGACUGAUUGCCCUCGAGCCUGAGAAUCCAUCACACCGUGUGCUGCUUUCUAAUAUAUACGCUUUAUCUGGUAAAAUGAACCAUGUCGAGAAGGUGAGGAAUACAAUGAUCAAGAGAAGAUUGAAGAAGCCAAUAGGAUAUAGCUUGAUUGAGAUCGGUGGUGUUGCUCAUGUGUUUCGCAUGGGGGAGAAGUCUCACCCCAAAACUCCAGAGAUUUACCAGUAUCUGGAGAAACUGAUCCAUAGGAUUACUGAUGCUGGUUACAUGCCUGAAACUGACUCGGUGCUGCAUGAGUUGGAAGAAGAGGAAAGGGAGUUUGCAUUAAGAUACCAUGGCGAAAAACUGGCCGUAGCCUUUGGACUCAUGAUGACCUCUGGGUGCACCGCUCCAAUCAGGAUAAUAAAAAACCUGCGUAUAUGUGGGGAUUGUCAUCUAGCUAUCAAAUAUAUGUCAGCCGUGGAGAAUCGAGAGAUAAUUGUCAGAGAUAUGCACCGGUUUCACCAUUUCAAAGCUGGAAAGUGUUCCUGUCAGGAAUAUUGGUGACGAGCGCUCGUAAGCUAAAAUUUGCAUCUGCAGUGGUCAAAGUGAUUACCAAUAUGCAGGCUGAUAAAAAGUUUCUACCGAUGGAGUUCCAUUUCUUAUUUCUGCUAGUGUUGAAGUUGCUGAAAUGCUGAAAUUGAUUAUUUUCUGCGGCCCUAUUGAAGAUCCGUCACCAGUGGCUACUGCUAGAAGAAUGUCAAAUAUUUCAGUGUGAACAUUUGGAAGGUUUGCUUCCGUACAAAGCAACAAUUGAUCUUAUAACUUUGUCUAAAUAAUAGCUGAAGCAACAACUCAAGCUUGUGUAGAAGCCCUGGGAUGUAGGAGAGAAGGUUUUCCACAAACCUACCUGGGGUUGCCACUUUCAAUACACAAGUUGCCAAUUUCAGCAUACACACCAUAUAUUCAGAAGUCUGACAGAUAUCUGGCAGACUGGCAAACUCAUCUACUGAAUACAAUGGGCCAUGUGGUCUUGGUGAAUGCAGUCAUGGACAGCCAGCUGGUGUAUUCCAUGAUCUCCUUGCCGCUGCCACCAACAGGACAAAAGACGGCGAGGUUUUAUGUGGUCAGGAUCUGAAAAUGGUAAUGUUUCAUCAGCUAGAUGCCUUGUUGCCUGGCAAAAGGUCUGCAACUCAAAGGAGCUCGGCGGCCUGGGAAUCAAGGAUAUUGGAACACAGAAUAUUUGCCUGCUACUCAAGCUCGUGCAUAAACUUCACUUCGCAGAAUCAUCAGCAUGGGCACAUUGCGCUCCAUUCUGCCGUUGUAUCAAGCCAUCACAACUGUAACCAUUAGGGAUGGUAGAAAUACAUCCUUCUGAAUGGAUGUCUUGCUUGAGAUGAUGUGUUGGCAGACCGCUUCCCAGUCUUGUUCACUCACAGCACGCAUAACGAGGCUUCGGUGCAGGAGAUCAGAGAUGCAGGACUUCCAAGGACACUGGUGCCGUGACUGGCAAAUGCGGCAUCUGAACAGCUACAGUCCCUACAAGACUUGCUAGCACAGGUCACUUACACGGACCAACCUGAUCGCCGGCUCUCCCCCGUCAUCGCAACAGAUGGAAAACUGGACACUGCUAGCAUAUACAAGCUGCUGAAGGCACAAGGACAUGCUUCUGAUGAAAAAUCAAACUUCAUCUGGAAGAGUGCAGCCCCACCACAAAUCCAGUUCUUCAUGUGGUUGUUAUGCCAGAAAUGGAUUCAGUGCCGAUCCAAUCUACAGAAGAAGGGAAUUGUGCCUCAUGCAUUAUGUGAAGUCUGUAAUGAAGCUCUUUUCUGAAUGCAAUUUUUUUGUCCAUCCGAUCAGGAACUGACAAGGAGACAGAUGAUUCAAAAGGUCAUGUGGAUGUUGAUUUUUCUGAUGGCACAUCAUAUCUCUUGAUGUCCAUCUUAUAUGGAGAUUUGGCAUCAUGUCCAUUGUAUAGAAGUGUCCUUUCCAGUCGAAUAACUUGUUUGCACUUUUGCAGUGGUAAAUUUGUUGGAGCAAGCUGUAGAACAGAUUCAGUCUGUCGUUGCAGUUGUGCAGCAGACAAGCCCGAUAGCUUGAAUGUUUCAGCUGAAAAUAGUAUUUCUCCAGAAUAGAACCGGUUAUACGCUACCCA